AUGCUUAUCAAACAGCGUAUCGAUGAACCGAGGCUUAUCGGCAUUGCAUCUACUCCGGUCCCUAACAUAGAGGAACAUUCCUUCAUCCACAUUGAUGCUAUCUAUCCAAAACUCCAUCAAGAAAAUGGCAACUCAACUAGUGCCUCUGUCAGAAGUCGAGCGAUUGAGCCCUACUGUAAUUCGGAUUCUUGGUGGAAAUCCAGGAAAGGGACUAAUACUUAUCUCGUUGGCGAGGGAAGAAAAAGACUGUUGAUUGAUACAGGAGAGGGGAGGGAAAGCUGGAUUCGGAAUCUAAAGGAUAUUCUGAAAAAAGAGCAAGCCACGAUUACUUCUUGUAUCCUUACGCAUUGGCAUCAUGACCAUGUGAACGGGAUCGACCACUUAUUAGAGUACUCGCCGAAAACCAUCAUCUAUAAGAACCGACCAAGCGAGGAACAGACAGAUAUAAAGGAUGGCCAAACAUUUGUAACAGAAGGCGCAACUCUCCGUGCAGUUCACUCGCCCGGUCACACUCAGGACCACAUGGCAUUGAUACUCGAAGAAGAGAAUGCCAUGUUCACUGGGGAUAAUGUAUUGGGACAUGGUACCGCCGUUUUCGAGGACUUGGUAACUUACCUGAACAGCCUUGAAAAGAUGAAGGGUCUCUUUGGCGGUAAAGCGUAUCCAGGGCACGGAGCGGUCAUUGAAGAUGGUCCUAGCAAAAUUGGAGAGUAUGUCAGGCACCGGAAAGAAAGAGAGUCACAAGUUAUCCAAGUGCUGAAGUCUGCAAAGAGUAAACCUGGGGUCCCUAUCAACAGUGAUGAGGAAGCUGAUGAGUGGACAUCGAUGGAGAUUGUGAAGAUCAUAUAUAGAGACGUACCCGAGACUCUGCAUGUGCCAGCAAAUGGCGGCAUUGUACAAAUACUGCACAAGUUGCAAGCCGAUGAGAAAGUUGUCAAGGAACAAGAUAGAUGGAAAUUGAAGGCACGAGCCGCUCUUUAA